AAAUUCAUCUGUAUGACAGAAACUUGAAAAAAUGGAAAACGUUUUUUGUAAAAAAUUCUUGUUUGUGUUCUUUUUGAGUAUUGCGUUUGGGAGAUGCUGUGAGGAAUGGCAGAUUGACUCGGAAGCAUUAGAUAUCAAAUCUAUCUUUUUUAAAAGCUCGACACUUGUAACGAAGAACGAAAAGUUCUCUUGGAGUUGGCUCGUUCCUGGGAAAGCUAUUUGGAAAACAAGCCUUUUUAGAGCAUUUGACACUGGCAUUUUAGCAGGGGGUUUUGUUUUAAACCAAUUAUCCAAACCAGGUUCAGAUUUAAUUACCUUAAACUGGAGGCAAACCAAUGGAAAAAUAACAUGGGUGAUACGUGGAAACCCAGAAUUUUCUCUUCUUGCAUGGAAACUCAAUAUGUCCAAUGGCCUACAUUGGGGAUUUUCUCCCGCCGGGGUUGAUAAAUGGCAGUUUAAUUUUGGUGAUUUUAUCAUACCGAGCAUAUUGACACAGACUCCAAGUACAGAAAACCUGACAUUAUAUAAUUCAAUAAAUUUAGAAGGAAGAUUUAAACGAUCCGAAGAUUUUGAUCAGCCACCAACUGUCGAAGAAGAAAUGCCAGACCAAAAUCAAAUAAAAAAUUGCACUUUUAAGAAACACUGGUUCAAUAAGAUAGUCGACUUUUUCUUUUCAGAAGGAAAUGAAGCCCGUGGAGAAAAGCCAGGCAUAUUUACUCAAGUUGGAAAAUGGAUGAGAAAAAUCGCCUGUCGUAUAAAUGGCCCAUGUGAAGGAGAAACUCCGACACCCGAUUUUCCGACUUCAUCCGAAAUGCCCCAUGAACAAUUUCCGCCAUCUCCAACACAACCAGAUGAAAUACUGCCCGAUGAGGCUACAGAGAACAUACUAGACGAGAUGAAGCAAAGCAACGAUGUUUAAAGAAAGAUAUUAUAUUACAAUUUAAUAAGAAAUGUAUUUCUUUAUUGAGAAAAUUUGG